CGAACCCCAUUUCAAGACUGUCGACUGUUUUCUAUAUGUGGUAAAAGAAAUGCUGUGAUUGGACUAGGCUUGCUCAAUGCCACAACACAACACCCUCCUUUUUCAUCAUCUUCUUUCUUCCUUCUGCCUGUUUGGCUCCUUCAUUCUGUGGGCUUUUGGAUUAUUGCAAUAAAGGGUACCAUUCUGAGCCUGACGCCCUUAGAAUCUGUGAUCUUCUUUGGAUGUAUUCAAGCCAGGGAAAAGGGCUUCCACAGCUUCUCUUGCUUUCUUUCUCUCUGUGUUGGUUUUUUUGGGGUUGUGCACAGUAACUAUUUCAGAAAUCUUUGAAAAGCCCUGAUUUUGGAGGGUAUCGAAACAAAGGCAAGAGCAAGCAGCAAUGGCAGAUAGGAAGGGUAUCAUGGGCAAGAGCAGUGGUUUUGGAGGGAGCUCAAGGAGAGAUGAAGACUUUGAAGAAGAAGAUGUGUGGAGUUUGAUUAAGGAGAGGAAACCCAAAGAGCACUCCUCUGCUUCUUCUUCUUCUGCAUGGCGCCUUCCUUCUGCUCCAAGAAUGAUUCCAAGGGUUUACACUCCACCAACCCAUGAAGCCUGCAGAGUGGUUCAACAAUCCUCUGCUCCUGUGGACAUUCCUGAUUGGUCUAAGAUUUAUGGAAAAAAUGCCAAAAUUGACUCAAGGCGGCCUGGUUCAUGGGUGGAUGAUGAUGGGGAUGAUGAUGGUACUGCAGUUAGUAAUGGAGUUGCUUAUCAUAAUGACGAUGACGAUGAUGAUGAUGAUAAUGAUGAUGGUGAUAUGGUUCCCCCACAUGAAUGGAUUGCUAGGAAGCUUGCAAGGAGCCAGAUUUCAUCUUUCUCUGUGUGUGAAGGGAUUGGCAGGACACUCAAAGGAAGAGAUCUUAGCAAAGUGAGAAAUGCUAUCUUGACAAAAACUGGUUUUCUAGAGUAGCUUCCUCACCAUGUCAUCAUCAUCGUCAUCAUCAUCAUAUUCUGGCAUUACCACCAUUAAAUGUUCAUCAUUCUUAGCCAUAUAUGUUUAAUUUCCCACGUAAUCUUUCUUUUUCUUGUUUUAAUUAUUGCUGGUAGCAUUGGAUCUGAUGUACUGAAGUAGAGUCCA